AUGUACGCCAGACAAAUCUUGGCAAGUCUGGAGCCCACGAAUUCCGCUCUGCGCUUGAAAUUUCGACCCUGCGAUUUGAAAGUCGACAUUGUCUAUCCAGCACUCAAUCCGACAAACACAGCGAUCAUGGGUAUCGACCUCGAUCGCCAUCACGUCAAGGGCAGCCACCGCAAGGCGCCCAAGAGCGACAAUGUCUACCUCAAGCUCUUGGUGAAGCUGUACCGCUUCCUUGCCCGCCGAACCGACGCCAACUUCAACAAGGUUGUGCUCAAGCGACUCUUCAUGUCCCGCAUCAACCGCCCUCCCAUGUCCAUCUCCCGCAUCGCCAGCAAGGUCAGCACCGAGAGCGCGCAAAAGGCGUACAAGGACAAGACCAUCGCCGUGGUCGGCACCGUCACCGACGACGACCGCCUCAUGACCGUGCCCGAGCUCCACGUCGCCGCCCUGCGGUUCACGGCCACCGCCCGCGCCAGGAUCGAAAAGGCCGGCGGCGAGUGCAUGACCCUCGACCAGCUCGCCAUGAGGCACCCCACCGGCAGCAACGUCGUCCUGCUCCGAGGCCCCAAGAACGCCCGCGAGGCCGUCAAGCACUUCGGCAUGGGCCCCCACAAGCACAAGAAGCCGUACGUCGAGAGCAAGGGUCGCAAGUUCGAAAAGGCCAGAGGACGAAGACGAUCAAAGGGUUUCAAGGUGUAGGCGUACCAGGACCAUGGCGACACGUCUACCACUGGUGUAUUGUGGGUGUGUGUGGGUGGGUGGUUGGGUGCGUGCGUGAGAGAGCAAAAUGGGAUGGAAGGCAGCAGCAGCGAGCAACAGUGGCUCGUGGGUUCGCUUUGCGUUCUCUUUCUAGACAGAACUUGACGAAACUGGGCGCAGGUGGUCUUUCAAUCCACAAUGAACGGUUAUGGGCUCUUUUAUGAUUCCUACAACAUUUUCUUGCCAAGGAGACCAGUUAAAAACAAGAAAAGGGUCACCCUGCCCAUCGUGGAUCGUCAAAGUUAUCCUGAUCAAACACCAUGCAUGAUUUGCAUGCCACGGGUCAAAAAAAUAUCUCAAGAUGGAAUGACAAAAAAGAUUCAAUGUUGA